AUGAAUGACCGUCAUCCUACUCUGCCGUUCGAGUUUGUGUCCGCUGAUUUGUUCUCUUGCCAAGGCUAUGAGUUUCUUGUUUAUGUCGACCGUCUGACUGGUUGGCCGUGCGUUGUUCGAACCGGCAGGACCACAUCAUCACACGAUGUCAUUCUCGCUUGUCGUCGUUGGUUUGCCGAUCUGGGUGUGCCUGCUGUACUGUGCACCGACGGUGGCCCCCAGUUUGCAUCGAAGAAGUUUGCCGACUUCUGUGGCCGUUGGCAAGUGCAACGCGUAUCCUCUUCCCCGCAUUAUCCCCAGAGUAAUGGACAUGCGGAAGCCGCAGUGAAAGCCAUGAAGCGCUUGCUGCUCAAGACCUCGUCAAAUGGCAAUCUCGACACAGAUGCAUUUCGUCGUGGUCUACUGGAGUGGCGGAAUACGCCCGGUCCGUCUGGCAAGAGCCCAGCUGAGCAUCUUCUCGGGCAUCCACUUCGGUCUUUCGUCAUUGCUGAGUGGACGCAGUUUGAUUCCUCGUGGUCGACCGUCGCUAGUGAGCGUGAAGAACAGUCACCACCCUCGACACCUGUUUCCGCCAGUACUCCCACCCACCGCUCUCUUCCCGUUCUCCGUAUCGGCACUCCUGUGGACGUCCAGGAUCCGAAGACGAAGCGUUGGACAACCCGUGGCGUGAUUGUGGCCAUUGGGCAGCACCGUGACUAUUUCGUCAAGUUGGCUAGUGGUCGAGUUUAUUGGAGAAAUCGCCGUUUUCUUCGUCCGUUCUCUCCACCCGUGCCGUCACCAGCACCAUGUGUUUCACCACAGCCGUCUGUUGUCGUUGCUCCUGCUACGCCUCCUCCUCUGCGUCGCAGCACACGAGCGCACCAACCACCCUCUCGUUUGAACAUUUCCUCCACCCGUGGACAAUCUUAUGCAUCUUGA